AAAAAUUAGUUGAGUGAAAAAAGAGAACAGCGACCUCUUCUCUAUUUUCUUCCCUUAAAAUUAUGUCUCUCUCACACACAGAGAGAGACAAACACAAUACAAAGAAAACCAGAAUACAUAUGUCAAAGUUCAUCUUCUUAUUUAAAAAAUAUUUGAUGGAAGCUUAGUUCGAUUAUCUUUCCAGAAGGCGAUUGCAGCAUAGAGCACUCAGUACUGCAAAAGAGAAAUAAAAAAGAAGAGAGAUAGAGAAACGACAGCAGACAGCAGAGAAAUAGAGAGAGACACUCACAACAGCUUUGCCUUUCAAAUCCCACGAAGAGAAAACGAUAUCUGAGAAACCCUUUUUCCGACCUGCAAAAAACUCUUAUGAGAUAUAUGAGAAGAAAAGAGAUGAUGAAGAAGAAGACAACGCUGCCAUGGGAAUAGCAACACAACCAAUUACAUCUCGUCCUUGUCACAAAUAUCCAGUAAUUCAUCAAGUCGCAGAAAAUCUCAAUUCUAUGUCCCAAGAUUAUCAUCACCACAGUCUCUUCAGUUUCCCUAAUGGGUUCGAGAGAUCACAAGCCGAACAACAGCACCAGCAACAACAGCAGCAGCACCAGCAACACAUGGCUGCUCAACAGAUCCGCCGAGAUAAAUUGCGGGUGCAAGGAUUCGAACCGUUUGAAGAAGAAACAAGUACAGUUUAUGAGACAGCUGGAAUGUUAUCUGAGAUGUUUAAUUUCCCUCCUGGAACCACCGCAACCAACGCAGCAGAAUUAUUAGAAACUCAAUUCAAUCCGAAUUUUAGACAGCCAAAUCCACGGCCGCAGCAGAUUCAUGCUGCGGCCAUGGGGAACGAGUGGUUCGGGAACCACCGACAAGGUAUGGUAGUGGGUGGAGGUGCAAGUAGUCAACAAUUGGGAUAUGCAAAAAAUCAUACUCCUAAUGCGGCGGAGUCCAUGCAACUUUUUCUAAUGAAUCCACAACCAAGGUCACCUUCUCCGUCUCCUCCUAAUUCAACUUCUUCCACGCUUCACAUGUUGUUACCGAACCCGUCAUCUACUUCAACACUUCAAGGGUUUCCUAAUCCGGCCGAAGGAUCUUUCGGUCAAUUCAUGACAUGGGGGAAUGGAGGAGCAAGUGCUGCCACAGCCACCCAUCAUCUCAAUGCCCAGAAUGAAAUCGGAGGAGUAAACGUUGUAGAAAGUCAAGGACUAUCUCUAUCCUUGUCUUCUUCGUUACAGCACAAGGCGGAGGAAUUACAAAUGAGCGGAGAAGCUGGAGGAAUGUUGUUCUUCAAUCAAGGUGGGUCUAGUACUUCCGGGCAGUAUCGAUACAAGAAUUUGAAUAUGGGUGGAUCAGGAGUAAGCCCAAACAUUCAUCAAGUCCAUGUUGGGUAUGGGUCAUCAUUAGGAGUGGUCAAUGUGUUGAGGAAUUCCAAAUACGCGAAAGCUGCCCAGGAACUACUGGAAGAAUUCUGCAGUGUUGGAAGAGGUAAAUUGAAGAAGAAUAACAACAAAGCAGCAGCCAAUAACCCUAAUACGAACCCUAGUGGCGCUAACAAUGAAGCUUCUUCAAAAGAUGUUCCUACUUUGUCCGCUGCUGAUAGAAUUGAGCAUCAGAGAAGGAAGGUCAAACUUUUAUCUAUGCUUGAUGAGGUAGAUAGGAGGUACAAUCAUUACUGUGAACAAAUGCAGAUGGUUGUAAAUUCGUUUGAUUUAGUGAUGGGUUUCGGCGCAGCAGUUCCCUACACAGCACUAGCACAGAAGGCAAUGUCGAGACAUUUCAGGUGUUUAAAGGAUGCAAUAGGAGCACAAUUGAAGCAGUGUUGUGAGUUAUUAGGAGAGAAAGAUGCAGGAACUUCGGGAUUGACUAAAGGAGAAACUCCGAGGCUUAAGAUGCUUGAACAAAGUUUGAGGCAACAAAGGGCGUUUCACCAAAUGGGAAUGAUGGAACAAGAAGCUUGGAGACCACAAAGAGGCUUACCUGAACGUUCUGUCAACAUUUUAAGAGCUUGGCUUUUUGAGCAUUUUCUACACCCGUAUCCAAGUGAUGCUGAUAAACAUCUGUUGGCAAGACAGACUGGUCUCUCCAGAAAUCAGGUAUCAAAUUGGUUCAUUAAUGCUAGGGUUCGGUUGUGGAAACCCAUGGUAGAAGAUAUGUAUCAACAAGAAGCCAAAGAUGGAGAUGGAGAUGGAGAUGAGAAGAGCCAAAGCCAAAAUAGUGGCAAUAAUAUAAUUGCACAAACACCAACGCCUAAUAGCCUGACUAACUCUUCAUCUACUAAUAUGACGACGACAACAACAACAGCCCCUACAACUACGACAGCACUAGCUGCUGCAGAGACAGGAACAGCUGCCACUCCCAUAACUGUUACCUCAAGCAAAAGAUCCCAAAUCAAUGCCACUGAUAGUGACCCUUCACUUGUAGCAAUCAAUUCCUUCUCGGAAAACCAAGCUACUUUUCCGACCAACAUUCAUGAUCCCGACGCUUGCCGUCGCGGCAACUUCUCCGGUGACGACGGGACCACCACACAUGAUCAUAUGGGGUCCACCAUGAUAAGGUUUGGGACCACUGCUGGUGACGUGUCACUCACCUUAGGGUUACGACAUGCAGGAAAUUUACCAGAGAAUACUCAUUUCUUUGGUUAAUUAAUACGUAUUUUCCCCAUAGUAAUUAAUUAAAACUGAAUUUGCUUGAGCUCAUCAUAAUUUAUGCCUUGCUUUUUGUUAUAAGAAAUUCCAUAAAUUAGCUUUGUGUUAGCAUUGAGCGAGCAAGCGCUAUGAGAUAUUUAUUUUUACUGUAAUUGUAUAGUAGUAGUAGUACAUUAUUAAAUUUUUCCACCA